UAACCUGCUAACCAUUCAAAAUCAGAAGCAACAGAAACAUCCAGAAUCUAUAUACAAGUCUCGUUCAAUUGUUUGUCAUUCGCAUUUCACAACUUUAUAACCGAGUGGCUUUGUGGGGGAGGUAGGUGAGCACAAAAGAGUGAUGGCGGCAUCUGCGAGAUUCACGGCGGCAAUGGUAGUGCUAGCUCUAGGAACUUCUCUCUUCCAUUGCACCGAAGCUUCAGCUCCUUCUGUGGGUGAGUUCGUCCACACCACCAUCAAUUCUCACACUGUCGUUAUCUUCUCCAAGUCCUAUUGCCCGUACUGCAGAAGAGCAAAGUCUGUUUUUAAAGAGUUGAACCAGGACGCACAUGUUGUUGAGCUUGAUGAGAGAGAUGAUGGCUCAAAGAUUCAGGAUAUCUUGAAUAAUAUCGUUGGAAGGCGAACUGUCCCACAAGUUUUCAUCAACGGAAAGCACCUUGGCGGCUCAGAUGAUACUGUCGAAGCUUAUGAGAGUGGCCGUCUGGCUAAGCUUCUUGGAAUUGAGACGAAGGGUCACGAUGAUCUCUGAAUCUGAUUAUGUGUAAGGGGAAACUCUGUUGAGAAGCACAAAUUGCAUCAUGUGACCAAAUAUGGAUUGGAAUAUUUAGAGUUUAGACAGAUGAGCAUGAUGAGAUUACAUUUUGGAAUGAGUUAAAAAGUUGAGUUAUAUCUGUGAUGGAUAGUUUUCAAAUCCUCUUAUGUAUGGAGUGUACGUUUUAACUUCAGGCAAGUUAUAUUUUCAUAUUUAUACUUGGAAAAAUGAUCAGUUCUACCCAAGAAUAUUGUAAGCGCUGAAAAAACUAUCCAGAAAAAAACAAAGCUAAACUUAUAUUCAUGAAAGA